GCAGUAACAUGAGCUUUCUCGUCUUCUUUUAACAUUACAGUCAUGUUGUUAUGAAAACAGUGGGCGGAGCCUGAGGGUGUUACCCGAAUCAGCCCAUCGGCAUCCCUGGCUCGUUCUCGCCGACUGUGACCGCUCACAACUUUAUCAUAUGUGGUAUUUAUAGGUGUAUCCCUUUGUGGCGACCUCGAGCAUGUUGGUCGGUCGGCUUCGCUCCUCGGUUGGGUCACGUUGUCGUUCUCAGGACGGCCAACUACAAGUCAGGCCUGGCACCCGUAAACUUGUUACUCUCAAAGCCACAACUGUACGCCGCUCAGAUAAUAUUAUGAGCAACAACAUGGCAGCCCAGACGCUUGCACACGCGCUCAGCACGGGCGAGGACUUCCGCAUUUGCGCCAACAUUGAGGCGACGCAGAUUCCAGCGGCGCUUCGUAAGGACUGCGUGCUCUUUUUUACGCCGGAUACUGAGGAGCUUGCCAAAAAGGUUGCGCUGCAAGCCGGCGGAGCAAUUACGCUGGGCCACAUCAAGUGGAAGAAGUUUGCAGACGGCUUUCCUGACUUGUUCGUGGAGAAUGCGACAGACAUUCGCAACCGGCACGUCGCCUUCCUCGCCUCCUUCACCAAUCCCACCGUCAUUUUUGAGCAGAUGUCAGUUAUCUACGCGCUGCCACGUCUGUUCGUCAGCUCUUUCACCCUUGUGCUGCCAUUCUUCCCGACCGGCACAAUGGAACGCGUAGAAACGGAGGGCGACAUCGCCACCGCCAACACAUUGGCCCGGCUCCUGUCCAACGUCCCACCUUCGCGCGGCGGCCCAACGAGCUUGGUGAUCUUUGACAUCCACGCUCUUCAAGAGCGGUUCUACUUUGGCGACGCUGUGCUGCCGCUCUUUGAAUCCGGCGUGCCGCUGCUGCUGGAGCGGCUGCGGCAAUUGCCUGACCGGGACUUGGUGACCAUAGCUUACCCCGAUGAGGGCGCCUGGAAGCGCUUUCACUACCAGUUCAAGGGCGAGGGUUACCAGGAGGUCAUCUGCACCAAGGUGCGCGACGGCUCGAAGCGCAUCGUGCGGUUGAAGGAAGGCGAGCCCCGCGGGCGCCACGUGGUGAUAGUUGACGACCUGGUUCAGUCGGGAGGCACCCUGAUCGAGUGCCACGCGCUGCUGGCCUCGCUGGGAGCCAAGCACGUGAGCGCCUUUGUCACCCACGGCGUCUUCCCCAACAUGUCUUGGAUGAAGUUCCGGGCUGAUAUGGGUUCCGGAGCCAACGACGGCUUCCGCUACUUUUGGCUAACGGAUUCCUGCCCGCAAACUGUGCGGGAAGUACGGGAUAAGGCGCCGUUCGAGGUGCUCUCGCUCGCGGGCCCUAUCGCUGCAGCGCUGCAGAUCUAGAUGUGGGGGUCGGUGUAACGGCUACGCGGGGUCGCUUGUCCAUGGUGAUGUAGUCUAGCAUUUAGUUAUUUAGGUCUUGGCUGGCCUGAGGCCCGAGGAACACGUUGUAGAGGGUAGAGAUGUAGAUGCAGGUGGUGAAGAUGAGCCUCCGGGGAGGGCAGAUCGGCCAAGGGGCGAGGACGUAGUCGCCUGCAACAACCGACUGCUUGUUGCUUGACGAAGCGGCGGCGUUUGCCGCUCGGGGUUCAGUCGGGUUACUACAGGGGGGUUAGAGGGUGUAGGCGUUUUAUACGGUCUCUCAACGGGCAUGCACGGGUUUGCAGGCGGUAUAAGUAUCAGUAUAGACGCUUGUGGGUUUACUUACGAGGUAGACAGAACUGAACGAAUGAGGGCCUCUCAUGCGAGAGCGCUUAAGUAGCGUGUGUGUGACGUGGUGUUGUUGACAGGACAGAACUGAAAAGAUAACAGGCAAGCGACGACUGGAGGAAUUUGGAAGGUGGUUGGCCGCCACGCCGUACCCGCCGUACCGCUGAACAGCGCUGCGGUCUUGAACAACAAGACGGGCUCUUGGGAUUCCCUUGCCUCUGGUCGCUCAAAGCCGACAACACUGUUUUAACAUCAGCUGAGAUGCAGUGAGUGCGGGUGCGUGCAUCCGUUGUUUGUGUUUAUGGUUUGGCUGGUUUGGUGGUUCUAUUUUGUUAGUGCUGCGGUGACUGCAACGUUUAAUCGUACAUAGGUAUAGACUUCCUGACUGUCCUUGGAACUUGGCUGACAGAAGUCACAACGGAAGCCCACAACGAAGCGCGGUGUGGGCGCGACGGUGCAAACUGGCUAUAUGACAGUAUCCUUCUGUCCUGAAAUGAUGCGGUAGCGCUUUCUAGUGACGCGGCCGGCAUGCUUUUAUACGCUUUUAUAGACGGAGGCUGGUGAAUGAAUAUUUCGCCAAGGAAUAAACAGCCCGCUGCGGCUGGUUAUGUAACCUCACAUGGCAGUGAA